CUUGACUGAUUGUUGAUUCGGAUUUUGAAAUGUAUUUUUCCAUCGUAUUUCUGUGCUGUUUUCCAGCAUUCAGUUCACCAAUCUGCAUCUCAAUCUGUGCCGCUUUAUUACUUGCUCCUUGUGUUUGGCCUUGUCUGCCUUGACUACCGACCAGGCAAGGUGGAAACGAAGGGAAGGAAAAAAGAGCAAAAAAUUGAAACUAUAUGAGAUGGUCAUUUGCCUUCAUGCAAUGACAAAACGUUCGGUUGGUUUGGGACACCAUCACCGGUAGCAUAAAUUGCAUAUUGAUUGCACGAGCAACGAGCUGAAAAGGACGGAAGGAUGGUGGUGUGUUUGGUUUCUUUACGAGCUCUUUUCCAGAACCGGUUCCGGCAGGCGAAAUCGGAAGAAGCACUUGUCCCGUCCAGGUGUGGUGGUAUCGAGGUCAGGAUGAAAUAUUAAUUACAAAUCUCUUCCCUCUUUGCUCGGAACUCCUGCUUGCUGCGGUGGAAAAAGGUAUUCGAUCCGCAGGAUGGAUUAAGCAGCUUGUAUGAGACGGUUGGGUGCCGGGUUCUAUUCCGUUUAUGCAAUUUGCAAACAGUAAUAUCCGCUGGAAGCAACAGUGUGUUGUGCCCACAGCUCAUCGAUCAGCUAGUGAUAAAUAAUCUUCAACACAAACAAACACGCCUCCCGCUCGUACCAGCAAGAGGAGCAAUAAAAGCAUCAGCCACAACCUUCGAUUGUUCUGCGCUCGAUAUUUCCCUAGCCGCAGUCUGCAGUCUGCGGUAACUGUGUCCAGCGGCAACCCAACACAAAAUCUCCCCAGAACGGAAAAUGACAGAUCCGAAUGGUGGUGGUGCAAACGAUGUGGAAAUGAAUGCUUUGCCGCGCAAUCAGUCAGCGAACCGGUUCCAGGUUAACCUUGUCAAUCAUGACGACCCGGCCGCCCAUGGAACCGGCAACGGUACGGCAACGGAACCGGUCACCGAGGACGACGUCUUCCCGGAGGAGAUGGUCAAACGGCGUACCUCCCGUCUGCAGUCGCUUCGCAGCAGCUUCCGCACAGAUCGCGACCGGGAUCCGGAGCAGCCAAGGCAGCGCAAGCCCUCGACACGCUUCAACGUCGAGGGUGGCGAAUCAGACUCGAACGAUGACGAGGAGGAUAAUUUGAUCGAUGAGAAUCGUUACGCGCGAAGCUUCCGACACUUCACACGAGAAGCCCUACCGCGGAUGGAUAAUUAUCGGAACAUCCUAUCGUUCCAAGGAAAUCAGAGACCCACGCUGGAUGAGCUACAUGAUGCGUCCAUCACAAAUAAGGAAACGAUGCGCCGAGGAACCGUGCACGAACCGGCCGAGAUGGAUGGUGCAAUAAAGUUCGGCUGGAUAAAGGGCGUUUUGAUGCGUUGCCUGUUAAACAUCUGGGGCGUCAUGUUAUUCCUACGGCUCAGUUGGGUAGUUGGACAAGCUGGUAUCGUGCAAGGUGUGAUACUGAUCGUAAUGACCACGGUGGUAACUACAAUUACGGCUCUAUCGAUGUCCGCCAUUAGUACGAACGGUGUGAUAAAGGGUGGCGGGACAUACUACAUGAUAUCGCGCUCGUUAGGGCCCGAAUUUGGAGGUUCGAUCGGGUUGAUCUUCUCGCUGGCGAAUGCAGUCGCGUGUGCCAUGUACGUGGUUGGCUUUUGCGAAUCCAUGAUCGAUCUGCUAGCCUCGUUUGGUGUUGCGAUUGUGGACGGUGCCGUUAACGAUGUGCGUAUUAUCGGUUGCAUUACAAUCAUCAUUCUACUGUGCAUCGUAGUCGUCGGAAUGGAAUGGGAAGCGAAAGCUCAGAUCGUGCUGCUGAUCAUCUUGCUGGUUGCCAUUGUGGACUUUUGCAUCGGUUCCGUGUGGGGUCCAAAGUCGGAUCUAGAUUUGGCACGUGGUUUCGUUGGGUUCAAUGCGUCGGUGAUGGUUGAAAACAUGCACUCCGCGUACCGGAUGGUUAAGGGAACGCAGCACGAUUUCUUCUCCGUGUUUUCGAUCUUCUUCCCCGCUGCGACGGGUAUUCUGGCCGGAGCAAACAUCAGCGGUGAUCUGAAGGAUCCUUCGUCCUCCAUUCCAAAGGGCACAAUACUUGCCAUCGUGAUUACGUCCGCCUCUUAUGUUGGUAUGGCGAUCAUUGCCGGUGCGACGGUGCUGCGUGAUGCUACCGGUAAUCUUACGGACGUCGUCAACGGAACUUGGGACUUCUCCGAUUGUGAGGUGCAAAGUUGCAGCUACGGUCUGCACAACUCCUUCCAGGUAAUGGAGUUGGUUUCGGUGUUUGGACCGUUGAUAUAUGCUGGUUGUUUUGCCGCUACGCUAUCAUCCGCUCUAGCCAGUCUCGUGUCAGCUCCGAAAGUAUUCCAAGCGUUGUGUAAGGACAAACUGUACCCGAAGAUAAGUUGGUUCGGUAAAGGCUUUGGCAAAAACAACGAACCAGUGCGUGGAUAUAUUCUGACAUUCAUCAUCUCCGUGGCAGUCAUUCUGGUGGGCGAUCUGAACAUGAUUGCACCGCUGAUAUCUAAUUUCUUCCUGGCGGCCUAUUGUUUGGUCAACUUCAGUACAUUCCAUGCCAGCUUGGCAAAGCCUGUCGGCUGGCGACCAACCUUCAAGUAUUACAACAUGUGGCUCAGUCUGCUUGGUGCUAUUUUAUGCAUUGCGGUUAUGUUCCUGAUAUCCUGGCCAACGGCACUGAUUACAUUUGCGGCUGUACUGUCACUGUACUUGAUCGUGUCAUAUCGCAAGCCGGACGUUAACUGGGGCUCAACCACUCAGGCACAGACGUACAAGAACGCACUGCUUUCCGUGCAGCAGCUGAACAACGUUGAGGAGCACGUCAAGAAUUAUCGACCCCAGAUAUUGGUUCUCUGCGGACAUCCAAGUUCGCGCCCGCUGCUGGUAAACUUCGCCUACCUGCUUACGAAGAAGCUUUCCCUGCUUGUCUGUGGCCACGUAACCAAGACACACGUUUCGCAGAAGUAUCGCAACCAUCUGCAGAAGAAGGCAUCCGAAUGGUUCCGUCGCCACAAGGUUAAGGGGUUCUUUUCGCUAAUCGAUGAUAAUGAUUUCGAAACAGGAGCGCGCGCAAUCAUGCAGGCAUCCGGUAUCGGGAAACUGCGCCCGAACGUGCUACUGAUGGGCUUCAAGAGCGAUUGGGAUCGGUGUGAAUCGGGCGAGCUGGAGCAGUACUUCAACGUCGUCCAUAAAGCGCUCGACAUGUACUUAUCGGUGGCUAUACUGCGUGUUGGUAAGGGUUUCGACUACUCUCAGGUGCUCGGUGAGGAUACGGUGAAGUUUAUCUCGGAGUACCCACGUACGCUGGUGGCGAACGAUAGCACCAAUGAUCUGCUCAGCCAUAACAAGGUUAGCUCGCUUCACGGCAGCUGUGAUUCGCUCAGUCGCAACGUUUCGCAAGACCAAACGAUUGACGUUAACGAGAAGAACUCGAAAAAUCUCAAGUCAAGCAGUACCAGUGAUUUAAGCAAAUCCAUUUCCGUAGCUCCCGAUCCGAUUGAUAUCAGCGCUAAACUCAUAACAGAAACGGGCCAACGGUCACUGAAGCGUGGCGAUCCAUCGCUCUUGUACCGCGGACCGGGUGGUUCCGAGCUGCCGAAGGAGGUGCUCGACGAGCUGACACAGUUCACCUCGAAGAAGAAGACGGGUAUCAUUGACGUUUACUGGCUGUACGAUGACGGUGGCCUCACGUUGCUAUUGCCGUACAUCAUCAGCACACGGCGGAACUGGAGCUCGUGCAAGUUGCGCGUGUUCGCACUGGCCAACCGCAAAACGGAGCUCGAGUUCGAGCAGCGCAAUAUGGCGAGCCUGUUGGCGAAGUUCCGCAUCGACUAUUCCGAUCUGCAGCUGCUGCCGGACGUCACGAAGAAACCGAACCAGGAGAUGGCCGACUUCUUCAAAGCACUAAUUAAGGAGUUCACCGUGAAGGACGAUAACUCGGAUGCCAACACAGCUGGAAGUUCAUACAUAUCGAAGGCGGAAUUGCUGGCCGUACAGGACAAGACAAACCGGCAUCUGAACCUGCGCGAAUAUCUACUACAACACUCGAGCAAGUCGGACCUCGUCGUCAUGACAUUACCGAUGCCGCGGAAGGGUGUCGUAUCGGCUCCACUCUACAUGGCGUGGUUAGAAGCGUUAAGCCGUGACCUUCCACCUUUCCUGUUUGUCCGCGGCAACCAAACGUCUGUGCUGACGUUCUACUCUUAACCACAGCCCGGACGCGGCGGACCUGUUCCGGCAACAAUUCAUUCAUUUUGCAUUUGUGCUCUGCAUUUGGCUAGCGGCCGUUGUUAUGUUUUAUUCGUUUCGUUUCAUUUUAUUGCUUUGCUGUGUGAGCCGAAUGAGCCUUAUUAUUAGCCUUUUGUUCGUUUGUUAGAUCGAUAUCCAACCAGCAUCCUUAUAGCUUUCGCAUUAAUUUAUUGCCGUUUUUGGACGCAAGGCGUCUUUAACCCGAAGCACACCGGACAAACAGCUUCCCCAACGAACCGACGAAGAAGAAAAACGCAUUAGCAAAAUCCAUUUUAGUGAUUCCCCGGUGAAAAGGGAAAACUUUUCCCGCAAACGGAAGCCAUUCUCCGGACUUUGAGUGAAUCCUCACUAAUGGGUCAGAAUUGUGAGGUUCGGUCUUGUUAAGGUGAAAAGUCAGCAGUUAGAGCGUUAUCGCUUCAGGUUUUGAGUUUCCUGUUUCAUGGUUUUUAUUACAUUUCUAUAUCUGGUUGGUUUCCACUGGAUGACCACGAUGUUCAUUUGGCAGAUGGUUUCCAUUUUUUUAGUGCUGUAACAGAAGAAAAACAAAAGGACGAAUAUCCGAUACCAAAACAUCAACCCUCAGAAGUAAAAGGAUGCGAAUGAUAUCUGGUUUCCACUGAGAUGUUCCCGGUGACAAUGCACCCGAGGGAGCACUGCGAAAAGCAAGAAUGCAACCGAUAUCCGUUUUCCGCCACGUUCGAUGCUGUGCGGAAGGGUCAUCACGCCUGUCGGGCAGCUGUUCGUUCGGUGGGUGGUUUGUGGGUUUGGAUGUUUUGAUUGUAAGAUUGUAUUUUCAUGUUAUCGUCCUCUAUUGCUCUCUAUCUGCUUUUUGCUUUCCCCGUUUCCGCAAUAUGCUAUCGUUCUAAUCUAAUUGUGCGACCGUGUGUUUGUGAGCUAUGGUGGCUGCAGUUUCAGUUGCCAUUUGUGUUUUUUCUCUUAUUUUUUUUUAUUUCGAAACACUGUGCUACACGGAAUUCCUGUUGCUGUUGCUUGUGCUGACACUGCGCGGCGGAGCAGCAGAAUGUUGAGAAGUGAAAAAUGCAUCUUUUAUUACAUUGCAUUGCAAGCAGGAUAUCGUGCUGGUUCUGUUCGGUACACCACGGGGAAGAAUUAGUGGGACGAAUUGUAGCGUAGUAGUCAUGAACAAAAGUCAACACCCAAGUCUUCUGGGGGGGUCCCAAUCCCGUUUGCGCAUUGUUUUUACUUGACCUUUAACGGACCAAAGUGUCAGUGCAAAGCUUAGAACACACACACUGAGAAAUCACUAGCACUUCUGCACACAUUCCAUACCGAUAAAUGCUCCUCAGGAUUGCGUCGCUGCUGUCAAGUUCUCAGGACAUUUCGCUGCAAGUACUGGGAGAUAUAUAAGUAUUAAUUUUCUGCAUCCGUAUGCGCCUUUUGGGCGCAUGGGGGGUUUGUGUGUGUGUGUACCGGUUCAGCAAGAAAUCUGACACGUGAAACCCCCUUUUCUAACAGUGUGCUCGCGCUGUGCCUGUGGAUGUUUUGUUAUUUAUAGCAUUAUUUCAUUUACGAUAGGAUUAGACAGCAUGGAGCUUGCAAAUACAGCUUCAGAGCUUAGGGUAGACGAUUGUCGACGAAAGGUUAGAUGGAAUGGCGGGAGACAACCUGGCUUACGGUAGAUUAAAUGAAAGGAGUGCCUUUUUUUUCCUCGGACACAAACUCGAGGACAAAAACAGUUGAGUAUAUUUGGGUAAAAGUUUGGCAUCGUUGCAACGGACGGAGUGCAUAAUUUGUUGUACAAGAAAAUAAUGACCACAUGGAAAGAGUUUAGUAUUGUUGAAACAUUAGAUACGAAAUGUGAGGUAAAAGAUGUAAUAAAGCUCUGUACAACUUUGUUCGAAAUAAAACCAAUUCCAGUAUAUGUACAAAUAUA